AUGAGUUCCGAGAAGCAGCCUAUAAAAGUAUUAAAGCCGUUUAAGGAAGCUCUUGAGUUUUGGUCUGUUCAGCUAGAAAAGCCGGAUGAGCUUAACACUGCUGUCCCAGCGGCCACGUUGGAGGAUCCUUUGAAAGAGUUGAUCAAACUCUCAACCCUAAUAAGGGCCCAGACUACAAAAGUUGGUAUCAUUUAUGCGCCGUCUACGAUACGCAAGCAAACCCAAGCUGCACAUGAUACAGUGGCGGAGCUUUCAAAGACGUUCGUUUUCUAUGUUUCUGCAUUAGCACAGCUCUCACCAGUCAAGGUCUCCAAACUCUUCUUAGAUGAAGUUGUCACUAUUUCAAAGGACUUAAUCGGCUCUGCUUCCGAAUUUGCUGAUGAGCUCAUUCUGAUUUUGGAGUCAUUGGACGGUCAAAAUGAUGACAAGAAUGAAGAGGCAGCACCUGAAAGCGUGAACCCCAGAUUACUCUCGGUCGGUAAGCUUUGGCUGCUCUGCGAUAAAAUCAAAGACUUCAUCGAGAAGGGAAAUCUUAAGUUCCUACAGCUGAAGACGGCGCUCAAUAUCUCUUUGAUAGAAGAUGGUUUGGAAGAGUUUGAAGAGUGGAUCCACAACCCACAAGACCUUGAUGACGACGAUUUCUUUGGGCUCGAUGACGAUUUUUCGGACAGCGAAGCACCAACAAAUGUUGCGGAUCAAGAAAAUCCUCAUGAGGAGGCUGACAACGAGGAGCUUGUGAAGUUCUGUGAGCAAUGGCUCAAGCAAUUGAAGCUCGUGAAGCUCCUUUUUCUCUCUAUCAACAAGUCACUUCCCAGCAUGACCACUGGUUCCGACAUCGAUGAAAUUUAUCAGACGGAAAACAAGAUAGCUCGUCAUGUUGACCUGCUUGUGGUCGAGCUUAUGAUGAACAGAGAGCUCAAUGACGAGGUCACAAGACUAGAUGGUGAACUAGAAAAGGAAUGCUUCAAGAUUAUCCGUAUUCUUCGAAGCGUGAACAAAUCGAACGAAGCUAAAGUCAAAUGGUGUCUUUCAUGGGAAGUUAAGUACAAGGAACUACAGGAGACUAAGUAA